AUGCUCGACGAUUUGGUGUUGUCCCGCUGCCAGGGCGCAUCCGGCGAUUUGAUUAGCUGGUCGACAGACGGGUAUAUUUCACUGCCCUUCCGCAAGGAGUUUUUUAUUCUAGCACCGAAAAGCUCUGAUGAGAUCUCUGAAAUAUCGGAUGUUUUCAAUUUGACACGGCUAGGGGGUUCGAUCUCUGAACUGCCAAAUGCACUUAAUGAGACCGUUUGUACCGACGAGGAGAUAUGUGUGGGUCAAUUGCAGGAUCCUGCAACCACCAGCGUAGUGGAAGCGCGCUGGUCGGCUUCGGGGGUAGGAGAAAAUAAACAAUGCGUAUUGAGUCUUGUCACAAAUACUGGAAACGCGUUCAUUCUUGAUCAAGAUGGGUUAAACAACUGGGAAGUACGCCACAACAUAAUAGACGCUCUAAAAAAGGAUGAAAACAUUGAUUUGCAACGAAUUGUCAAGUAUUCACAGCUGAAACGGCUUCGAGUGAAAUCGAUUGGCUGGUUUCACCAUCUGCAUCGCUCGUUACUCAAGGCCCCAGUGUGGCCGUUGGAGGUCUCUUCCACGUUUGUUUUAUGCACGGAGCACAACAGUGCCUGGAUUUACCGCAUGGGCGCUUCCCUCUCGCGAUUGCUUGAGAUACAGCUGCCAGCUACCAAAGUACGGAAAUGUGAGGUCUCAGACUGGACGAAGAACGGGGACUCCUUGGAGGCGUUUGUAGUCUUUGAGCUGGUCACAAACGAGCUGGUAGCUCAGAAAAUAGAGUACAACAAGGAAUUUGUCGCAAAAGAACAAUUCAGCAUCCGUCCUCCGUCCCCAAUUCUUGUCUCUCAAUUCGCUCUCUCCACAUUCAAUGGCAAUUCCUACUGUACAAUAACGUCGGAUAUCUUGCAAUGUGUCCAGCUUUCCACAGGCAAAACGCUGUCGCACCGGCUUUCCUCUGUCGCUUCCAUUUCCUCAAUUGUCCAGAAAGAGAACUUCAUUAUUCUUUCCAACAGCCAUAAAGACUUGAUUUUCGGUGAUGUGGACUGGUAUAGGGAAGAAAUCCACCUUUAUGAGCACGACUAUCGCCGCAUGAUACAAUACGAGCACCCGCUUGCUGCCAAGGUAAACGAGCUCAAUAAAGUUCGGCCAUUCCGUAUAAUGGCAUUAUCUUAUAACCCCACCAAAGACUUCCUUGCUUUGAUCCAUGCGCAGCGGUCGCAAAGUACUAUAGACUCCCGGAACAUCUCGCUCAAGGAAGACUAUUCUCUGGCAAUCGUUCCUAUGAGCAAGCCUGUCAGUCUCCAACUCUCAAGUAUCAACUACAGUCCCUCUUACAUUGUGCAAAUGUGCGACCUGUGGCCUCAUGAAAAUCUCAAAGACAUCAAAUUUGAGGCGCAAUCAGCACCGGUACUUCCCUCCGACUUGGACCUCGCACUAUCUGAGCUUUACCUGUCCGAGCAGAUACAGGGCAUGCGACUGGCAAAUCUCCUGCAACCGCAUUCCUUCGACCAAAUUCUACUUAGAGUCCUUGCUGAAGCCGUGGUCCAGCAUAUCUCAGCACACCGCCCGCAGCUGGACGAUUGCGACACGCUGCUGUACAAUAACUACCUACAGUUUCUUGGUCAGCCUCCCCUAGCAACAGAAAAAACCGUUACACUCAACAUCCCAGGACUCAAUGCAACCGAGACGUUUUCGUUGGAUGCGCCAUUCGACCGCGACACCAUAACCUCAGAGCAGAGCCAUACUUGGCUACGCUGCUCGGCUACGUUGCUGCCACUGUUCACGACGAAACUGCUGGUGUGCGAAACCUCUGGAAAACGGAUCAUCUCGCCAGCGUCUCCUCAUCUGGGGCCAUUGACCAGACAGGUUCUGGAAGGACUACAGAUUUGUUUUUUCAGUGGAGGCAGAUGGAUAAGAAGGUGA